AUGGCCGACGCCCCUUUUGAGUUCUUGCCCCUGGGCGCCAUCCUCCAGUCCUUCAAGGUCAAGGGAGUCAACAUUGUGCAGGGUUUCCCGACCCAGGAGCUCUACGAGAAGCACAACUCGCCCUACUUUGGCGUCACCGUUGGCCGCGUCGCGAACCGCCUCGAAUCGGCCCAGCUCAAGUCGCUCAACGGCGGCAAGACGUACAAGCUGGCCGCCAACGACGGGGCCAACAAUCUCCAUGGCGGCCUCAAGCCCUGGAGCUCCCUUAUCUGGGACGGCCCCAAGCCCGUCGGCGUGCGCGAGAUCCCCGGCGUCGAUGGCCUCGAGGGUGGCGAGAGCGUCGAGUUCUCGCUCACGAGCCCCGAUGGCGACGAGGGCUUCCCCGGCACUGUUAAGGUCAAGGUCACCUACACUGCAGGCACACAAAAGGUCGACGGCAAGGAGGUUUCCGUCCUGGGCAUGGAGUACGAGGCGCAACUUGUGGACGGCGCUGACGAGACGGCCAUCAACAUGACAAACCACUCCUACUUCAACCUCACAGGUGACCAGACCUUUGCCGGCACCGUCGCGACGCUGGCGACCAACGCCCACCUCCCACGCGAGAACGGCAUCCCCACGGGCGGUCCCGUGUCGUUCCCCGGCAUUGAGGGCGGCAAACCGUUCGAGCUGGGUGUCGACGGCCCCGCGGUGGACGACUGCUUCGUCGUCACUGGGGAGCCCGGAUCCGUGCCCAUCGACACGCGCGGCGAGGCGCUGAAGCUGCAUGUGCACGCGCGGCACCCCAAGAACGGGGUCAACCUCGAGGUCUUAAGCACAGAGCCCGCGUUCCAAUUCUACACGGGCGAGGGUAUCGACGUGCCGGCUGUCGGGGGCACGCCGGCGCGAGGCAAGAGGAGCGGGUUCUGCGUCGAACCGAGUCGGUGGGUCAACGCGAUCAACGUGCCCGAGUGGAAGGACCAGAUGCUGUUGAAGAAGGGGGAGACGUACGGUACGCGCAUUGUGUACAAGGCCUGGAGUGAGUAG